AUGGUGUAUAACCAGCAGCAACGAGGAUACCACGUUUUUUACGCGAAUGAAGGUUAUGAUAGGACAAGCUCUAUCUAUACCGUUUCGUCUAAUGUUUCCAUGAUUCCGCCGUCGCCACCGGAACCAAACGUACCGAUUCGCAUCGAUACUUACGAAAGGGAUGAACAAAUUGUAUAUUCUUCGAACUACAAGUUCACCCUUGGAAUCGAAGAACUCAUUGUUAACUCCACCACUUCUCGGAGAGCAACCCGAGGUAAAAGAUCCGAACCGCCACGUCCUCAAAACUCUUAUAUACUUUAUUUGAGAGAUACAACCGCAAGGAUCAAAAAAGACCCGGAGUUUAUCAAGGAACCCACAAAAAGGAUGACAAAAGUCAUAAGCAAAAUGUGGAAAAAUGAGAUACAAAGCGUCAAAGACGUAUUUGAAGCAUUGGCCAACCUGGCGAGGAAACGACACUUGAAAAAUUAUCUGGGUUACCAAUACAAACCAAGAAAAUCAAUGAAAAAAAAAUCUGUCAAUGAACAAACCCUUCUUUCGACAAGCAUUCCUACCCCUGCGACUUCGGUAUCUAGUUCACCGACAUUACAAAACCUAGAUUUGAAUAGCAUAUUUGAUUUGGAUUCAUACUACGACAAUUCAAGUCAUGAUUCACAUGUCAAUUACGUCAGCCCAUUAGCUGUUCAUAAAGAUCCUUCGAACGCUUUUUAA